AUGGUCAAUGGUGUACGAUCACAAUGUGCAUUCUGCUCGGUGCUUCAAGAAAACCUCUACGUAUGUCCCAGAUGUCAGUUGAAUUAUUGCUCACUGAGGUGUUAUCGUAAUGAAAAGCAUCGAGAGUGUUCCGAAGAUUUCUAUCGACGAUGUGUUGAAACCGAGUUGAAGAAUACGAAAUAUUUGAACAAUUCGAAACAUAUACCAAAAACUUUCGAACAAUUCAUGAACGAUUUCAAUCCAUCAGGAGGCAGUUCUUCAAAUGAACGUAAGUGUUGUUUUUGGUAA